CAAGAAAAGAAUAUGGCAUUUCGUUUUUCGCGCUUUCCUACACCUCUUGUCGUCGAAUGAGUCUCAACUCUGCCCCAUUGGAAGUAGGCCUGGCGUUCGAUACUGGACCGGAGAGCGCGCACGCCGUGCAGGACUAUGCGCUGGCGCUCCGCAAGUCCGUUCGCGUGGAGCGCGCGAGCGGCUCGGACCGGCGUCUGGUGUGCUCGUCCGAAGUGCCAUGUGGCUUCUUCGUGCAGAUUUACCGCAAGCGCAUGGCCGACAAGAAGACGUACGGCAAAUGGUACAUCGCGUCACUAGAUUUGACACACUCUGAGGGCUGCAAUUCGGUGUGCCGUCUCACCACGCGGCAGGUCGCCGCACUACCAGCAUUCGUAGAGGCCGUGCAGACCAACCCGAAGGCCUCGAUCGAGUGCCUCAUGGACCUGGUGCUGGAGCGCCACGGCAUAUCGCUUCAGAAACAGCUGCGCCUCGUGUACCGAGCCAGAGACUUGAUACGUAACGGCAAAGUCGUCAAUAGCAACUUAUUGCCCAGUCAAGAUGCGCCGCUGCCGGAGAGACAAUACGUGCGCUGUCGCGCGAGGGAGAAGAAGGCAUCGCCCGAGCCAAAGAGACCCAAAAGCGCUGGCAGAAUGAACUGGAGUGAUGCGCUUAUUGAGUCGCUACUCAUUGAGCGGCUUGUCAAGUACGGGGAGCAGUUCGUUGACGCUCGAGAUCAGUCGCAACAUCGCGAGUUGUGGGAGAUCAUCCAGAGAGAGUUCAAUACCAUGCACGACGAGGCAGUCACGGUGACGCAACUGCGUGCCAAGUUCAGAUAUUUGCAAGAGCAGUAUGUGAAAAUACGUGGUGAGGAGGAUGCGGCUGCCAAAGAUCCUACCAAGCUGGUGAUAUACCCGCGCUGUUGGGAUAUGCUGGCCGAGUAUUUUGGAGAAGAAGGCGUGCACAGCAGCCAUGAUGUUGGACUGGAUCAUGAGGAGACUGUUGUGAAGGAAAGGGAUGCCAACCAAGCACUGAGUGUACCGGGUCAGUUGGACAACCAGUUGCCAGCACAGUCAGCACCGCUGGUCCCUCUGACAACCCCUUCGUACGCACAGGCCUCAAUGGCACCUCCAAUCUAUUCAGCUCCUGUGCCAGCAGCCCCUCAAAGUCAAAGUCUAGAGGUCAGGCUGGCGUCUUCUCCUGAUGUAAAGAGGAGGAGACUAAAUACUUCAGAGACUUCGGUUGUUCAACAAGACCUGCGUCCCGUUGCAAAUGCAGCUCCUGAUGCUACCAAUGAAGUGGCACAAAAGCUGGAGACUAUUCAAAAUGUGCAGAGCGAUAUGGCUCGAUCCAUGGACGGCAUGAAACAAGUCGUCGAGCAGUCGAACGAGGCCAUUCGAGGCCUCCAGGAAGCACUGACCCAGUCCAACCAAGUGAACGCUGCACUGCUAGACUUCCUCAAACGCCAACCAUCUGCAUAAGUACACAGUUCGAUCUAAUAGGUGGGGUGACUUACAUUUAACGCUGCGUUACGCUGAUGUGAAUAGCUUUCUUUACAUGCCUACGCCGCAUUCGCCUUCUUGUGGUGCUGGUUCUCAUACGCCUGGAGCUCACGUCGCAGGAUCUUGCCGGUCGCGCUCUUCGGGAUGGCGUCGAUGAACUCCACCUGGCGCACCUUCUUGAACGGAGCGACCUUCGAAGCCACAAAGUCCAUGACGUCUUCUUCCUUGAGUCCGGCAGCGUUCGUCGGGUCCUUUAGUACCACAUAGGCCUUAGGGAUCUCCUCUCCCAUGGCGUCCUUGCCUCGCACACAGCACGCAUCCGAGAUCUGCGGGUGGUGGUUCAACACGUCCUCCAACUCAGCCGGUGCCACCUGAUGUCCCUUGUACUUGAUGAGCUCCUUGACGCGAUCGACGAUGAACACAAAGCCAUCCUCGUCGAUAAAACCAAUGUCACCAGUGCGCAAGAAGCGGUCUUCAGUGAACACGCUCUUGUUCGCUUCGGCGUUGUUGGAGUAACCGAGCAUAACCUGAGGGCCCUUGUACAGC